AUGGAGAAGCGGGCGGCCUGGAAGCCGCAGGGUGCGGAUGCGCUGCGGAGCUUCCACGGACUGCUGCUGGACCGCCGCGGGCGGCUGCACAGCCAAGUGCUGCGCCUGCGCGAAGUGGCCCGGAGACUCGAGCGUCUACGCAGGCGCUCCCUGGCGGCCAACGUGGCGGGCAGCUCUCUGAGCGCCGCUGGCGCCCUAGCAGCCAUCGUGGGGUUGUCACUCAGCCCAGUCACCCUGGGAGCUUCUCUCGUGGCGUCUGCCGUGGGCUUAGGGGUGGCCACCGCCGGAGGGGCAGUCACCAUCACGUCCGAUCUCUCUCUGAUCUUCUGCAAUUCUCGGGAGGUGCGGAGGGUGCAGGAGAUCGCCGCCACCUGCCAGGACCAGAUGCGGGAGCUCCUGAGCUGCCUCGAGUUCUUCUGUCAGUGGCAGGGGCGUGGGGACCGCCAGCUGCUGCAGAGCGGGAGGGAUGCCUCCAUGGCUCUUUACAAUUCUGUCUACUUCAUCGUCUUCUUCGGCUCACGUGGCUUUCUCAUCCCCAGGCGUGCCGAGGGGGCCACCAAAGUCAGCCAGGCUGUGCUGAAGGCCAAGAUUCAGAAACUAUCUGAGAGCCUGGAGUCCUGCACUGGCGCCCUGGAUGAACUUAGUGAGCAGCUGGAGUCCCGGGUCCAGCUCUGUACCAAGGCCGGCCGUGACCACGACCUCAGGAUCUCCGCGGAUCUGGAUGCAGCGUUGUUUUUCUAAGAGCAUCUUCUACGCAUAUGGAAUGUUCUAGAUUCGUAGCAUCCACAGGGAAGCGCU